AUGGCGAUGCUCAACAGAGUUGCACACGGGAUCGUGGCGGUUGGUUCCGGGUCGCGGCAGUGGAUCAUCGUGGAAAGUCGUCUUCAGGUCUUCGAUCUUCGGUACUGCUUGAGAGAGUCGGUCGAAGAUGGUAGUGGAGAAAGGUUUUAUGACGUUUUAAAUCCAAUAAUUAAAAAAAAUGAUUCCAGUAAUAAUUUUUAUUUAACACGUGAAAUGUACAAUACGUAUUUACAAGAUGUGAAGAAUGCAAAAACAAUCGCCGUCAAAAAAUCAAUUCAGUAUCGGAGAUUAAAACGUUUUGAUGCUCUUUGUAUUGGGAAUGAAGACAAACUUAUUUUUCCAAUGGAAAGUGGAUCUGAAGAUAUUCGAUACUACGUAUGUAAUGACGAAUAUUUUGAUAUUAUACACGCAGCUCAUAUUGAAACAGGACAUGGUGGCAGGGAUCGGAUAAAUCAUAUGCUAAAAAAAAAAUUCAAAAAUAUUAAUGUGGAAGCUAUAAAUGUGAACUUGAAAAUGUGUGAAACGUGCCAGAAAAAGCAUAGUAUGCCAAAAAAAAGACUCGUUGUUAAACCGAUAUUGCACAGUGAAAUGAAUUCUCGAUGUCAAAUCGAUUUAAUUGAUUUGCAAUCAAACCCAGAUAAUAGAUUUAAAUACUUUAUGGUGUAUCAAGAUCGCCUGACAAAAUUUGUGAUUAUACGGCCUCUACGGUGUAAACGUGCAGAAGAAAUUGCAUAUCAACUUUUAGAUAUAUUCACUCUCUUUGGAGCUCCUAGUAUACUACAUUCUGAUAAUGGGCGAGAAUUUGUAAAUAAAAUUGUUACCAGUGUAUGUGAAAUGUGGCCUCAAGUUAAAAUAGUUCAUGGCAAAGCUCGUCACAGCCAAUCUCAAGGAUCAGUUGAACGAGCUAAUCAAGACAUCGAAAGUAUGAUAACAACUUGGAUGGAAAUUAUUCACAAUGCAAAAUGGUCUGAAUCUUUACGAUUUGUUCAAGCAAUGAAAAAUUCAGCUUUUCAUUCAGGUUAA